AUCUAGUCAACACUAAGACUCGAGGCGGCCUGAGGGAGGGAGUCAACCCUCUUCUAGCGUCAAAUAAAUAUAUGUUGUUCUACCUACAGAGAUAUCUAUUCAUCCCUAUGGCCAAACUGGUACUCAAAUUCUUGACAAUUGUAAUAUUAUUUCAGGCUGGAAAUGGCGACAUGCUUCGGCCGGUCAAUAAUAUCACCUUAGGGUCAAGGCUCUACCCUCAAAACAAUCCUUAUUGGGUUUCCCCUUCGGGCAUAUUUGCAUUUGGUUUCUACGAGAAAGGUGAUGGAUUUGCAGUUGGCAUAUGGCUGCAGACUGAACGCAUUGUUACAUGGACUGCAAAUAGAGAUGAUCCACCUAUCUCUUCAAACGCCUAUCUGGAGUUGACUGGCGAAGGCAAGCUUCUUGUUUGGACAAAAGACAGUGCCUAUGGAUUCAUCCCAAUUGUUUACUACUUGCGAGCACCUGCAACUUCAGCUUCAUUGCUUGAUUCUGGGAACUUUGUUCUCUCUGAUGGUGAUAAUGUCAUAUGGAAUAGCUUUGACUACCCAACAGACACCCUAUUAGCGGGUCAAAACCUUCAGUUGGGCGAGAGCCUAAUCUCUAGUGUAUCAGUGAGAGAUAGAUCAAGUGGAAGGUUUAAACUUGUUCUCCAGCACGAUGGUAAACUGGCGGCGUAUCCAGUGAACGGUACAGGAGCGCCUGAUGAGGCUUACUGGUCAUACGACGCUGGACUUGAAUUUGAUGGUUUGUCUCUAGUUGACAGCAUAGCGCAGGGCUUGAAUGUUUCUGAAAGUAGCAAAACAAUGAUUUACCGAGCAACCCUUGAUGCUGAUGGCAAUUUCAGGCUGUAUGCGCACAGAUUAAGUAACUCAAGCAUGAUGAUCCUAUGGUCGGCAUUGACGCAAUUUGAUCCCUGUAAAGUAAAAGGAUUUUGUGGCCUUAACAGCUAUUGCUCAUCUAAUGUCGGCAAAGGCAACGCUACCUGUAGCUGCUUUCCUGGCUUUAUCUACCGUGAUCCGGAUCCUGAUAAGAAAUUCCUGGGAUGCUACAGAAACUUCAGUUAUGAAAGAAUAUGUGGAAUUAGGAAAGAUGAUUCAUUGUCCAACAAAUAUUACUUAAUCCCGAUAAAAAACAUGGAAAUCGGGGGCGAUCCAUAUGUUAGUAUUCCAAUGGUUCAGGGGGACUGUUGCAAGUCUUGCAUAAGUGAUUGCAAUUGCUGGGCUGUUCUACACGCAAGUGGUAAUUGCAGCAAGUACAAGCCUCCUCUCCUGUAUGCAACCCAAGAUCAGAACCAUUCAGGGGUAGCUUUCAUCAAGCAGAGUCACAACAGUUUCCAAUCUGCAGAGCCAAAAGGUAAACACAGGAGGAGAAUGGUUCAAAUUCUUGCACCUCCAUUUGGCUUCCUAUCAUUUAUAUUUACUCUGCUUGCAGUCUUGAGCUACUCAAUGUACAGAAGGAGAGCUGUUAAAUACCAGAAGCUCUUAAAAAUGGAAAACUUCGGCCUAAAUAAGGAGUUUACUCUUCGGUCAUUCUCCUAUAAUGAGCUCGAGAAAGCUACAAAUGGAUUCAAAGAGGAGAUAGGGUGCACUUCCUAUGGGAAGAUUUAUGGAGGAAUCAUAUCUCAAGGCGAUAGAAUUGUUGCUGUAAAGAGACUAGAAAAAGUUGACGACGAAGGAGAGAGGGAAUUCAUAGCUGAAAUGGCUGCUAUGGGGCGAAUUCAUCACAAGAAUGUUGUUCAACUAGUGGGCUUCUGCUUGGAGGGUGCUAAAAAGCUCCUUGUAUAUGACUUUACGAAAACCAGAUCACUGGCAGAAUGUCUCUCUGAUGUCGAAAAAAGACCCUUUUGGAACCAAAGAAUGAAACUUGCAUUCGACAUAGCUCAAGGGAUUCUUUAUUUGCACCAGGAAUGUGAUACACAUAUCAUCCACUGCAAUAUUAGGCCGGAAAAUAUACUAGUGGGUGACAAUUGGACAGCUAAAAUAGCUAAUUUCAGUUCUGCAAAGCUUCUAAUUCCAUAUCAAAAGCAAACUCUGGCCUUGGAGAGACAGAGAAGAGGAUACUCGGCGCCAGAAUGGCAGAAGAAAGCCUCUGCAUCAGAGAAGGUAGAUGUUUAUAGCUAUGGAGUUGUGCUGUUGGAAAUAAUUUGUUGCAACACUACUGAGGAAAUUAAUGUUCAAAGCCCAGAUAAUGACUUUUCUACUAGGGUGUACAAUUAUUUUAUGGGCAAACAAUUGAGAAAGCUCAUUGGAGAUGAAGAGGUAGAUAUGGACUCACUGGAGAGAAUGGUUAAGGUUGGAUUGUGUUGCAUUCAUCAUGAUCCUGAUCUGAGGCCAUCCAUGAAAAAUGUGAUUCUGAUGUUAGAAGGUGCCAUUGAUACACCAGCUCCCCUUUGUCCAAUCUAGUGGUAGGUAGCUUGUAUUGCAGACUAGACCAAGAUUUUUUUUUCCUUUUUCCUUAUGUUUUUUUCAAUGUCUUUACGCCUUUUUUUUUUUGCCAACGUCUUUAUGUAAAAUUGCAUAUAAUUUACCUUAGUAAAAGUUUCCUGUUAUAUGUGAAUGUAAGCAAGUUGUAAUAGUCCACAAAGUUUAAAUUUAUGAAGAUUACUUUCUUUCAUUAUUAA